AUGGAUGAGAAACAUAACGACUCGACUUUUUCGGAAAGGCGAGCUUCGAGACCAUACUCGAUUAUUGUGGUCGGGGCCGGCAUUGGUGGCCUGGCUAUUGGAUUGUGCAUGAGGAAGACAGGCCACGAUGUUCGAAUCCUGGAAAGAAGGCACGAGAUCACCGAAGUUGGAGCUGGAAUUCAAAUUCCGCCAAAUGCAUCUCGUAUCCUACGGAGAUUCGGCGUUCUCGGCGAGGUUAUGAAGUAUGCCACAGUACUUGAAAGAAACAGCUUGAGGCGAUGGAAAGACGAUGAGGAGCUAGGCUCUGUGCCUUUGGUACCGGAUAUCGAGGAGAACUUCGGCGCGCCACUGGCGGUCAUUCAUAGAGCUGAUUUACAGCGUAUUCUUCUAGACGCCGCAAUAGAUUGCGGGUGCAAAAUUUUAGAAGACCACGAGGUGGUCGAUAUAGACAAGAAAUUCUUGCCGCUAACCCCCUCCUCGGUCAGACGUUUGCUCGUACGCAGCCGUGGUGUCAAGACCUGGAUGUCGGCCGAUGUCAUCCUGGCGGCAGAUGGAAUGAACUCGAUUGUGCGAAGGAAAAUGGCUAUAGCGAGCGGCCACGACGACCAGCUCGUUCCGGCUGGAGAGCUAGCAUAUAGGUUUCUGCUGCCGCGGGAGGCGAUUGAGCACGAUGAAAAAGCGAUGGCUCUUCUGAGCAAGAAUCAUGGUAUGCGGUACAUGGGACCUGGUGGACAUAUCAUGGCUUAUCCUCUGAGAAAUAACACGCUAUACAACGUGGUUCUCGUACGGAAAGCCGAGAGUGAACAAUUACAAAAAAUAACUUGGACGACACGUGCGAAAAAAGAGGACAUCAUCAAAUACUAUCGCGGGUGGUGUCCCAUAAUCCACGCGUUAAUCAGCCACGUACCUGGUUCAGGGGCCCUGGAAACUCCCAUGAACAACAUGCCCCCUCUGCCGACAUGGGUGAAAGGGCAUAUAGCCCUUGCCGGUGAUGCAUGCCAUUAUAUGCUUCCUUAUGUCGCACAAGGAGCAGCGAAUGCAUUGGAAGAUGCAGGAACCUUAGCGAUGGCAUUCACUUGCACGGAUCGGAUAGAACUAGCCCUUGAAUUGUACCAAUUCAUCAGAAAGCAUCGUAGUGAGUGGAUUCAGGCUAGCGCGACAAGUAAUGGCUAUACCUUGCAUCUCCCAGACGGCGAGGAGCAAAGAAGAAGAGAUGACUCAAUUCGAGCCGCAAAUAUAGGAAGUGGUACAAACCCAGACAAGUGGAAUGAUAAGAAGACGCGAGAAUUCAUGUGGCACGUUGAUGUAAUGGCGGAGACGGUCAAUGAAUUUGAGUCCUUGGCACGAGAGGCAGGCUUGAAGAAGACAUAG